AUGAAGGUUCAAGAUUCACAUGGAGGAGACGAAGUCCCUUUUCACCUCUCCUCUCUUUCUCGCACUUUCUCAUGGAAGAAACAAAGUUCUCCUUCACCCUCUUCUUUCUUUGCCACUUGUUUCUCUCUGAUAUCCUUGUUUCCAACAGUUUUGAAAGCAAAGGAUUCCAUAACUUCAGCGCAAUCCAUCACUGAUAGCCAGACACUAGUUUCUCCUGAUGAAAAAUUUGAACUUGGAUUCUUCAGUCCUGGCAAUUCCAGUUUGAAAUAUCUGGGAAUAUGGUACAAGUAUAUCCCAAAGCCUACUGUUAUUUGGGUUGCAAACAGGGACAGUCCACUUGUGAAUUCUAGUGGCACUUUAACAUUCAGCAAUGAUGGUAAGCUUGUCAUUCUCAGUCAUACAGGAAGUAUCAUAUGGUCUGCAAACUCAUCCAGAUCGCCAAGGAAACCAUUAGCUCAGCUUCUAGAUUCUGGAAAUUUAGUCUUGAGAGACCUUGAGGAUGAAAGCUCUGUGAGUUACAGAUGGCAGAGUUUUGAUUAUCCAUCUGAUACAUUCAUUCCAGGAAUGAGACUUGGUUGGAACUUCAAAACCGGCUUCAGCAGACACUUAACCUCUUGGAAAAGCCAUGAUGAUCCUUCUUCUGGAGAGUAUAGUUAUAGUGUGGACCCACGCGGCCUUCCUCAGCUUUUUCUUCUUAAAGGAAAGAAGAAGGUCUUUAGAAGUGGACCAUGGUUUGCACAACAACUCAAAGCACUUCUCAUGGAGUGAUCCUCGUUCCAGUUGGAUCCCAGAAUUUU